UGCGACGCCUUUUUCUUCCUCCUCUCUCACCUCUCCGUGUUUGUGUGCUGUCGAACUCUCCGGCAGUUUUCAGAUAGAGAAUCGUCGCCGGAGUUCGAUCUAUUAUUUAUUACGGUUUUUUGUGCGCUUUGACGAUUCUUCAUGGGUUCAAUGAAGAGGAAAUCGGCAGAAGAACCGACGGAUUCUUCUCCGCCGCAGAAGCUGCAGAGAGAGGAUGAUUCUCCCGUCACCGCCGAGUUGGUGGGUUGCAUCCACGAUGUCUCGUACCCGGAAAAUUACGUUCCUCUGGCGAUCAAGACGACCGGUCCAGGAGAUAAGAGACCGGCGAAAGAGUUCUCGUUCACUCUUGACCCCUUUCAGUCUGAAUCUAUUAAGUGCCUCGAUAAUGGCGAGUCAGUAAUGGUUUCGGCUCAUACUUCUGCUGGGAAAACGGUUGUUGCUUCAUAUGCUAUUGCCAUGUCUUUGAGGGAGAAGCAGAGGGUUAUUUACACGUCGCCCAUUAAGGCACUUAGCAAUCAAAAGUUCAGAGAUUUCAAAGAAGAGUUUGCUGAUGUUGGUUUGAUGACCGGGGAUGUGACGAUCGAGCCUAAUGCUUCUUGCCUGGUCAUGACGACAGAGAUCUUGCGUAGCAUGCAGUAUAAGGGGUCAGAGAUUAUGAGGGAAGUUGCAUGGAUCAUCUUUGACGAGGUACAUUACAUGCGUGAUAGCGAGAGAGGAGUGGUUUGGGAAGAGAGCAUUGUAAUGGCUCCGAAGAAUUCCCGUUUUGUGUUUCUAUCAGCUACUGUGCCCAAUGCCAAAGAAUUUGCCGAUUGGGUUGCAAAGGUUCACCGACAACCAUGUCACAUUGUUUACACUGAUUAUCGGCCAACACCUCUUCAGCACUACGUCUUUCCUGCCGGAGGUAAUGGCCUCUAUUUGGUGGUCAACGAAAAGGGUAAAUUCCAUGAGGAUAGCUUCCAAAAAUCUUUAAACGCCCUGAUUCCUUCUAAUGAGGCUGACAAGAAAAGAGGGAAUGUAAAGCUUCAAAAGGGGUUAGUGGUCGGCAAACUUGGUGAAGAAAGCGACAUCUUCAAAUUGGUAAAGAUGAUUAUUACGCGUCAAUAUGAUCCUGUGAUAUUGUUCAGUUUCAGCAAGAAAGAAUGUGAGGCACUUGCAAUGCAGAUGUCAAAGAUGGAUUUAAACAAUGAUGACGAGAAAGACCUUGUGGAGGCAAUCUUUACAAAUGCUAUUGAUGGGCUUUCAGAUGAUGAUAAGAAGCUACCACAGGUUGUUAAUAUUUUACCGAUCUUAAAACGCGGUGUAGGUGUGCACCAUUCUGGUUUGCUUCCAAUUUUGAAAGAAGUAAUUGAGAUAUUAUUUCAAGAAGGUCUUAUAAAGUGUUUGUUUGCAACAGAGACUUUCAGUAUUGGAUUGAACAUGCCUGCAAAAACAGUUGUAUUUACAAAUGUGCGUAAGUUUGAUGGAGACAAGUUCCGAUGGUUAUCUAGUGGAGAGUACAUACAAAUGAGUGGUCGUGCCGGGCGUCGAGGUAUUGACAAGCGUGGUAUCUGUAUCCUCAUGGUUGAUGAGAAGAUGGAACCUGCUAUUGCUAAAUCAAUGCUCAAAGGAAGUGCUGAUUCUUUAAACAGUGCCUUCCACUUGAGCUAUAACAUGCUUCUUAAUCAAUUGCGGUCUGAAGAUGGUGAUCCUGAGAAUCUGCUUCGGAAUUCUUUCUUCCAGUUCCAGACUGACCGUGCUAUUCCUGACCUUGAGAAACAAGUGAAGGUCCUUGAGGAAGAGAGAGAUUCUAUGAUUAUAGAAGAAGAAGAAAGCUUAAAGAAUUACUAUAAUCUAAUCCAACAAUAUAAGAGUCUGAAGAAGGAAAUCCGUGAUAUCGUGUUUUCCCCAAAGCAUUGUUUACCCUUUUUGCGGCCUAAUAGGGCUGUGUGUAUUUAUUGCACCAGCGAUGAUGAAGAGCAACCAUCUUUCUCUGCUGAAGACAAGGAUUCAUGGGGAGUGAUAUUGAAAUUUACCAAAGUCAAAAGCUCCUGUGAAGAUGAUGCGAAUAUAAGACCAGAAGAUGCAAAUUACACGGUAGAUGUUCUGACUAGAUGUGUAAUUAGCAAAGAUGAAGUCGGGAAGAAGAAAUUUAAGAUUGUGCCACUCAAGGAGCGAGGAGAGCCUGCUAUCGUAUCUGUUCCCUUAUCUCAGAUUAAGAGUAUGAGUAGUGCAAUCAUGAAUAUACCAGCAGAUCUUUUGCCACUGGAAGCUCGAGAGAAUGCUCUGAAGAAGGUUUCUACAUUACUUUCUAGACAUCCCCAUGGAUUACUCCUUGAUCCCGAAGCAGACAUGAAGGUUCGGAGCAGCUCAUACAAGAAGGCGAUCCGUCGUCUGGAGGCUCUAGAAAACCUAUUUGAGAAACACAAAAUUGCAGAAUCUCCUCUGAUUGAACUAAAGCUGAAAGUUCUACACAAGAAAGAAGAGCUAAAUGCAAAGAUUAAAUCACUGAAAAAAACUGUAAGAUCCUCAACGACGUUGGCGUUUAAGGAUGAACUUAAGGCCAGAAAACGUGUUUUGCGGAGACUCGGAUACGUCACAAGUGAUAACGUUGUAGAGUUGAAGGGGAAGGUUGCCUGUGAAAUCAGUAGUGCAGAAGAAUUGACAUUAACAGAGCUCAUGUUCAGCGGAGUUUUCAAAGAAAUAAAGGUAGAAGAGUUGGUUUCUCUUCUCUCUUGUUUCGUGUGGCAAGAGCGACUUCCCGACGCCGCUAAACCACGGGAAGAACUCGACUUGCUCUUCAUCCAAUUACAAGAAACCGCUAGACGGGUUGCCAAGGUUCAGCUCGACUGCAAGGUCCAGAUCGAAGUGGAGAGUUUUGUGAACUCGUUCAGACCCGACAUAAUGGAAGUGGUGUACGCGUGGGCGAGAGGGUCGAAGUUCUACGAGAUCAUGGAGAUGGCUCACGUUUUCGAAGGGAGCUUGAUAAGGGCAAUCAGGAGACUGGAGGAAGUUCUUCAGCAGCUCAUAGUAGCUGCAAAAUCCAUUGGAGAAACAGAGCUCGAGACCAAGUUCGAAGAUGCAGUUUCUAUGAUCAAGAGAGACAUUGUUUUUGCAGCUUCUCUCUACUUGUGAUAACCCAAGAAGAGUUUCUUUCUCUUUUUAGGGUUUUUGGCAGAAUGGAAGAUUGUUUCAGAUGAAUAUUUGUAGUUUAUUAUCAAGAUUUCCGAGUGAAAUGUGAAAUCAAUUCUGGGUUCAGAUA